CGCAACAACACCGUUUCUGCGCAGUGGUCCCGGUACACCUGCUCAAAUCCAAAAAGAUAAAAAAAGAAAAAAGACAGGGAAAAAGUACGACUGAAAGGGAUCUCGUUCGCGGCGGGGAGCCGAUCUGACCGGGGCGAACUUUUGAUAUGAUGCGGUCGCACUCGUGAUACCAGAGAUAGCCUUUGUAGCGCGCUCUGCCAGAGCGACGUUCACUCGCUGUCACUAAGCGAGAAACAUGCUGCCCGCCAAUGAGCUGGCCAAACGUCUCGGCUACCUGUUUUACAUCGCUAGCCCGAACGAAACGUCGUUCGAGAAACUUGAAGAUGUCCCGGACUACAUCGUUCAGGCGGUUCCACUUUUCGUCGUAUUUGUGAUCGUCGAGCUCGCCUUCAACCUGCUUCACAGUAAGAGGGAUCGCUUUCAAAUUGACGACGGCCUCACAUCGGUAAGCCAGGGAAUGCUGCAAGAGCUGUCACGGAUUUUUUCGGAGGGGGCUGUUCUUGCGAGCUACGUCUACGUCUACAACAACUACAGGAUUGUAACGUUGCCAUGGGACUCUGUUUUCACCUGGUUCUUCGCCCUCUUGGCUGUGGACUUCGCCUAUUACUGGGUGCACCGUUGCAGCCAUGAAAUGAACCUAGCAUGGGCUGGCCACCAAGUGCAUCACAGCUCCGAAUUUUACAACCUUACGACUGCUUUGCGGCAGUCGGUACUGCAGGCGUACUUCGAUCCCGUCUUAUACAUGCCACUGGCACUCGUGCUCUCCCCGAGCGCGUACCUGGUUCACCACCAGUUCAAUCGCUUGUACCAGUUCCUGAUCCACACGGAAGCCGUUCAGACGCUCGGGCCCCUGGAGUACGUCCUGAAUACCCCGAGCCACCACCGGGUUCACCAUGGCAGGGACAGGUACUGCAUCGACAAGAACUACGGAGGCACGCUGAUCAUCUGGGACCGAAUGUUCGGCACUUUCGAGGCCGAGCGGUGUCGGCCAGCCUACGGACUCACGCACCCCGUCAACACUUUCGACCCUUGGACUCUGCAGAUGCAUCAGCUGCAGCACAUUUGGAACCAAGUUUGGAAGCUAGAGGGUAUCGGAAAUAAGCUUUCAGCAAUCUUCAAGGGCCCCGGAUGGGAGCCAGGAAAACCCCGUCUAGGAGAUCCCAACGACAUCCCAGAUGUGUCCAGGCCUGUCGAGCCGUACGCUUCGAAAACCAGCGCGCUGUGUAAAUUCUACGUUUGCGCGCAUUUUACCUUGCUCAUCCUCGGAUACGUUAGGCUGAACCAUCUUAAAGGGGAAAUGGAUGCCACUACCCUCGCAUGUGGAAUCGGCUACAUUACAUUCUCGCUGGUUGUCAUGGGCACUUUUCUAGACGGAAGGAGUUGUGCGUGUCCACUGGAAGUGAUCCGGUGCGUCCUCCUGUUCAUCCUCGAUGGCUACGUCUUUCACCUCGGCAGGCCGGGAAGCCAGAUCGUCGGUCCCGGACUGCUCAUCACGUUCGCGAAAGGGGCGUAUGCCCUUUCCCUAACGGGGGCACUCGUGGAAUGUUUACGAGGCAUAAGGGUGACAGAUAAUAGGAUGAAAGCAAACUGACAUUUUGAGCCUCGGGGUUAAUUCAUCUGCGGCUCGUACUCGAUGGCUGUUUCAAGACUUGGGACGGAUACAAUAGUGCCUAUUCGAUUCUUCCGUAAACUCAACGUGUCGCACGUCUUACGUGAAAGCUGCACCAAUCGUCACAAUUAGACGCAUAACUUAUGGCAAAUUCGGGUGGUCACUUCUCUUUUCUGACGUUGGUUCAAUAAAGCGCUUCCUCCUCGCC